AGAAAAUAAGGGACGAUAUUUAAUGACGAUGAAGGCUCUAAAAGCUAUUCCAUAACAGCAAGACUUUACAAGUGUAAUUACAAGUUGUUUGCAGCACAACUCUCGUUACAUCUCAUUUGAAAAUUUGUUUUCUAGUUAAAAUCUAUUUUCUAAUUCUAUAUUCAUUUACCUUGAUCAAUAUUCAAAAUAAUCAUGACUUCUAUGAAUGCUGGUAUCGAUACAAAUUGUAUGACCCUAACAAGGUUCGUGAUUGAAGAGCAGCGGAAAGUUCCUGGAGCGACCGGAGAAAUGACCACUCUUCUUAAUGCUUUGGCAACAGCAAUUAAAGCCAUGUCAUCAGCUGUUCGAAAAGCAGGAAUCGCCAAAUUAUAUGGAAUCGCCGGUUCAACAAAUGUCCAAGGAGAGGAAGUUAAAAAGCUUGACGUAUUGGCCAAUGAUAUGUUUAUCAAUGUCUUGAAAUCAUCUUACUCAACAUGUCUCCUAGUCUCAGAGGAAAAUGAUAAUAUAAUUGAAGUUGAACCCGAUAAAAGGGGUAAAUAUAUUGUUACCUUUGAUCCUCUCGAUGGAUCAUCCAAUAUUGACUGUUUGGUAUCUAUUGGGUCCAUAUUUGCCAUUUACCGUAAGGUAAAUCCUGGAGAACCGACUGAGGCUGAUGCUUUGGUCAGUGGACGGAAUAUCUUGGCUGCUGGUUAUGCGACGUACGGCAGUGCUACUAUGGUUGUUCUAUCUCUAGGUCAAGGGGUUCAUGGAUUCAUGCUUGAUCCUGCUAUUGGUGAAUUCAUCUUGACUGAGCCAAACAUCACAGUCCCUCGCCGUGGUAAAAUUUACAGUAUCAAUGAAGGUUAUGAAAGUCAAUGGGACCCUGUUGUCAAAGCCUAUGUUCACAGUAAAAAAUAUCCUAAGUCUGGUAAACCUUAUGGUGCACGUUAUGUCGGUUCAAUGGUAUCUGAUGUUCACCGAACGUUCAAAUAUGGUGGCAUUUUCAUGUAUCCGGCUACAAAAGAUUCACCUAACGGAAAGCUUCGGUUAUUAUACGAAUGUAAUCCAAUGGCAUUUCUCAUGGAACAAGCCGGUGGAAUGGCAAUCGAUGGAAACAAAUGUAUUCUUGAUAUUGUACCACAUUCCAUUCAUCAACGUAGUCCAAUAUUUCUUGGUUCAUUUGAGGAUGUUUCCGAGAUUCAAGCAAUGUACAAAGCUUCCCGUUGAUAAUACGCAAGCCAAUAUACAAAAGGUGCAAGGAUUUAAUGCUUAAAAUAAAACCUUUAUUAUAAGCUGUUUUUUUCUUGUGGAACGAUCAGUUUCUUAUAAUCAAGAUUCAUAUUCAGCAUUUCAUUCUAGUUUCCCAUUUAAAUUUUGUUUCUUAAUUUGUGAGCUUUUUCUGAUUUUAGGUUUAAAUCUGCAUUCAAGUUUAUUUACCUUUACUUUUACUUUUGCUAAGUUAACCCAAAUAUCAUGCAUUAAUAUGUUAUCCAUUGAUCUUUAAUAAUUCACUUUCCUCAAGUGAAGCUCAUUCAAUUUUUAUAUAAAUUCAAUAUUUUUGGUCAAUUCAUAUCAAUUACUUUUUCAAAAUGUAAAUAAAAU